GGGACAAGAAAAAGCAAUUAAUGUCGUCAUUUUUCCAGCUCUGUUGCUGAUGGCAUGGCAAUGGAGGAGUUACGAGUCGAAAUCCUAAACCAACUCUUCUGCAGAAACUGAGUAACAAAGUCAUCGUCAUCCCUCUGCCCCGACCCAUCACCAUUCAAUCCUCCGACCCCUCUACUUCCCCGCCCACCCAACCCCCCUUUCCAUCUCCGGAGCAAGCUUACAUGCCAUAGAGGAACCAGCGCCAAAUCUAUUCCGUCGACCCAUAUAGAAGAAGGUACAGCUCGGGGCGGCUUAGUUUGAGGGAGAGGGACAUGGAUUUGCUGCCGGUGGAGACUCCACGGAUCGCCAAGAAACAUGGGUUCAGGUCGCUGAAGCUGGUGAAUGUGGACAUGGAUGAUCCCCUUGGGGACGAGCCCUUUGGGACCGACUGCGGGAGGCUCGACAACGGUCUCUCCUACUAUGUCCGCCGCAAUUCCAAGCCCCGGAUGAGGGCCGCCCUCGCCCUCGUCGUCAAAGCUGGCUCAGUUUUGGAAGAGGAUGAUGAACUCGGAGUUGCUCACAUAGUUGAGCAUCUGGCGUUCAGUGCCACUAAGAAAUACACAAAUCAUGAUAUUGUCAAAUUUCUAGAAAGUGUUGGGGCUGAAUUUGGGGCUUGCCAAAAUGCCUUGACAGCCGCUGAUGAGACCAUAUACGAGUUGUUUGUUCCUGUUGACAAGCCUGAAUUGUUGUCUCGGGCCAUCUCAAUUUUGGCCGAAUUCAGUACCGAGAUUCGGGUCUCGAAAGAAGAUUUGGAUAAAGAACGAGGAGCUGUCUUAGAAGAAUAUAGAGGGAACCGAAAUGCAACUGGAAGGAUGCAGGAUGCACACUGGGUUCUUCUGAUGGAAGGGUCAAAGUAUGCUGAGCGCCUGCCAAUUGGAACAGAAAAGGUUAUUCGGACAGUUUCAUCUGAGACAGUGAAGGGAUUCUAUCAGAAGUGGUAUAGUUUACACAAUAUGGCAGUAGUAGCUGUUGGAGACUUCCCUGACACAAAGAGUGUUGUUGAGCUGAUACAGGAGCAUUUUGGGCAUAAAGUUGACUCAUUUGAACACCCACCACUUCCAGCCUUUACAGUUCCAUCUCAUGAGGAACCACGUUUUUCCUAUUUUGUUGAACGUGAAGCUGCCGGGAGUGCCGUAAUGAUCAGCUACAAAAUGCCUGUGGACGAGUUGAAAACUGUGAAGGAUUACCGGGACUUGCUUGCUGAAUCCAUGUUCCUUCAGGCUCUAAAUCAGCGAUUUUUUAAACUGUCUCGUCGGAAAGAUCCACCUUAUUUCUCAUGCUCAGCUGCUGCUGAUGUUUUAGUCCGUCCUUUGAAGGCAUAUGUCAUGACUUCGUCAUGCAAAGAAAGGGGGACUGUGGAGGCCUUAGAAUCAAUGCUCAUGGAGGUUGCAAGGGUGAGGUUGUAUGGCUUUACUGAUCGAGAGAUAUCUGUUGUUCGAGCUUUGCUGAUGUCGGAGAUUGAAUCUGCCUAUUUAGAGCGUGAACAAACACAAUCGACCAGCUUGCGGGAUGAAUUAAUACAACACUUCCUACGCGAUGAGCCAGUAAUUGGGAUCGAGUAUGAGGCACAGCUUCAUAAAACUCUUUUACCUUAUAUAUCAGCAGCUGAAGUUGCAAAAUUUGCAGAAAAGUUGAAAAUAUCGAGCAGUUGUGUGAUAAAGGCAAUUGAGCCACGGGCUUCUGCGAAGGUUGAUGAUCUGAAAGAUGUUGCAUCAAAGGUCAAUUCUCUAGAGGAUGCAAGAAGCAUUACUCCCUGGGCUGAGGAACAAAUCCCAGAAGAAAUCGUUUCUGUAAUGCCAGAUCCUGGGUCUAUCGUUCAGCAAGUUGAAAAUACAAAUGUUGGAGCCACGGAAUUGAAUUUAUCAAAUGGAAUGCGGGUUUGUUACAAGUGUACGGACUUCCUUGACGACCAGGUUCUCUUUACUGGUUUUUCAUAUGGAGGCCUCUCGGAAAUACCUGAGGAAGACUACUAUUCAUGCUCAAUGGCAGCAACAAUUGCUGGAGAAAUUGGUGUUUAUGGUUACAGACCGUCGGUGCUAAUGGAUAUGCUGGCUGGAAAGAGAGCAGAAGUAGGUACCAAAAUUGGAGCAUACAUGAGAACUUUUGCAGGAGAUUGUUCCCCUACAGACCUCGAGACUGCUUUGCAGCUCGUCUACCAACUAUUUACCACAAAUGUAGCACCAGGAGAGGAAGAUGUCAAGAUUGUUAUGCAGAUGGCCGAAGAAGCAGUUCGUGCACAAGAAAGAGAUCCUUAUACUGCAUUUGCCAAUCGUGUGAGGGAGCUCAACUAUGGGAACUCCUAUUUCUUCAGGCCCAUAAAGAUGACUGAUCUCCGAAGAGUGGACCCACUAAGAGCUUGCGAGUAUUUCAAUAGUUGUUUUAAGGAUCCAUCAACCUUUACUGUUGUGAUCGUGGGGAGUAUUAAUCCCAGUAUUGCUGUUCCUUUGAUCUUGCAAUAUUUGGGAGGUAUACCAAAGCCUUCUGAACCUAUAUUACGAUAUAACCGUGAUGACCUCAAGGGCUUGCCAUUCACUUUUCCUACAAGAACUACAAGAGAAGUAGUCCAUAGUCCUAUGGUGGAAGAGCAAUGUUCCGUGCAAAUUUGCUUUCCCGUGGAAUUGAAGAAUGGAAAUAUGGUGGAAGAGAUUCAUUAUGUUGGGUUUCUGAGCAAGCUUCUCGAAACAAAACUACUGCAGACGCUUCGUUUCAAGCAUGGACAGAUCUACUCUGCUGGUGUUUCUGUAUUCCUGGGUGGUAACAGACCUUCUAGAACUGGUGAUAUUCGUGGUGAUAUCAGCGUCAACUUUUCUUGUGAUCCUGAAAUUUCCUCAAAGCUGGUUGAUGUUGCUUUGGACGAGAUACAACGCCUUCAGGAGGAAGGCCCUUCAGAUCAGGAUGUAUCAUCCAUCCUCGAGAUAGAGCAAAGAGCUCAUGAAAAUGGAUCGCAGGAGAAUUACUUUUGGCAGGACAGGAUCUUGCGGAGUUACCAAUCAAGAGUGUAUUCUGGUGAUUUGGGCUCUUCUUUUCAGUAUCAAGACGAAGGCCGCACCAAAGUUAGAGAAUCUCUGACACCAUCCACUGGUCAGGCCGCGCUUCAGAGAAUAUUGCCUUUCCCAUGUAAGAAGCAGUACACGGUGGUGGUCCUGCUGCCCCAGAAGUCUCGCUUCAGGAUAUUGGAACCAUUGUUCCGUUUUGCUCGGACCAAAUACUCCCAUGAGGCAAAGAUCUUGGCAGGCAUGGCUAGUGUGGCAGUCCUAGCUUUCGGCGUGUGGAGAUACUCUCGGAAUGCCCGGAAAUCAUAGAAGACCAGUCGCGAGCUCCACAUGAGCUAAAAGAAUUGAAGCUUUUACUGUAAAAUUGAAGUACAAUACGGCAGUUCACUGACACAGAUCAUCAUCGACAAUUCCUUGAAUUUAUGGAGGAUUGGAAGACUUAUCUCGUGCUGGAGAAACUAUAGGUGUACAUCAUGAGAUCUAUUCGAAUGUACGGUUUAUUGUUUGAUCAGUUAAUUAGUGUUGUAACCUCGAUCACAUUUUCAGUUACAAUCUUGACAUAUAUAUAUAUAUGAAAAGCUUACUGAGGACAAGGAAAUUAAUGAAAUUAGAAGUACUUUUAGGAAA